UGACAGUAAGCUCCUUUAAUCUCGGAAUUUUUUUUUAUAAAAGAUAUAAUUUAAUUUCUGCAAUAUGAGCGCCAGAACUAGGCGCUACGAACGUGACGAAGUAGUGCAGCUUCUUAGAAACCCAUCAAAUAAGCCCCAGCGAAUUAUAUUAAUAUUGGAUUCAAGAUUUAUCCCUGAAGAACUGACGACCGCCAACCGUGUGAGGCCUGACAUUCACAUAUUUUCCGGACCUGCAAUACCAAAUUUGUUAGGCGGGUCUUUCAUGCCGCUGAAUCUGUCCAAUGCGAACUCGUGGGUGUACUCUGUUCUAUUGCAAAGUCCAAUAGUUCGCCCUGCUUAUCCUCGUCGAGUUCGCUACACUUCCGUGUCUCAGUGGAGUCCUCCAAUGCGUACACGAAUGGGACGGAACGAGAUUUUUCCGGAGGACAUUGGAGGAGAGAUACUGACGGCAAUGAUGGUGAACCCAGAAUUAGACACACUAAUGCGCCUCGAUCCCAUUAAAGCCAUGUCCCUGAUCCUGCGUAUUGCAAACUACUUUCUCCACUGAGUCGGGAUUGUACCAGAAAAAUACGCAUUUGAAUUGUAAAUUUACUAGUUAUUAUUGCUUUUAUUUUUGCAGUUUUGCUGUAAAUAAAAACUGAUUAAUGAUUGGAAGAC